UAAGGGGCUGACGGGCUACCGCCUCGGGGGCGCUGGGCUACCAUGUGGCACCGCGGGCCGGGCUGUGGACGCACGGGAGAGGCGCCGGUCACCAAGCCCGACUUCUGUCUUCAUCUUGUCAUCGUCCGAAUUCCGAGUCCUCUCUCCAGCUAGGUGUUUGUGUAUGAGAGAAGAGAGCUGCUGCAAGAGGAAGUGCCUCAACCAGCUUCAGGAUGGCUGAAGAUGAAGAAAAAGUGAAGUUACGCAGGCUUGAGCCAGCUAUACAGAAAUUCACUAAGAUAGUGAUCCCAACAGACCUGGAGAGGUUAAGAAAACACCAGAUAAACAUCGAGAAGUAUCAACGGUGCAGAAUUUGGGACAAGUUGCAUGAAGAACACAUCAAUGCCGGGCGCACUGUUCAGCAACUGCGCUCCAAUAUCCGAGAAAUGGAGAAACUUUGCUUGAAGGUGCACAAGGAUGAUCUGGUCCUUCUGAAGCGAAUGAUAGAUCCUGUCAAGGAAGCAGCAGCGACAGCCACAGCAGAGUUUCUCCAGCUCCACUUGGAAUCUGUUGAAGAACUCAAGAAGCAAGUCAAGGACGAAGAAGUGUUACUACAGCCUUCUCUGACCAGAUCCACAACUGUUGAUGGAACGCUCCACACUGGGGAGGCUGAAGCUGCUUCUCAAAGUCUGACUCAGAUACAUGCCUUGCCUGAAAUUCCUCGAGACCAAAAUGCUGCUGAGUCCUGGGAUACCCUAGAAGCGGGGUUAAUUGAGCUUAGCCAUCUGGUCACUGAUAUGUCCCUCCUAGUGAAUUCUCAGCAGGAGAAGAUUGACAGCAUUGCAGACCAUGUCAACAGUGCCGCUGUGAAUGUUGAAGAGGGAACCAAAAACUUGCAGAAGGCUGCAAAAUACAAGCUGGCAGCCCUGCCUGUGGCAGGUGCACUCAUUGGAGGAGUGGUGGGGGGUCCCAUCGGCCUCCUCGCAGGCUUCAAAGUGGCAGGAAUUGCAGCUGCACUUGGUGGUGGGGUGUUAGGCUUCACAGGUGGAAAAUUGAUACAAAGAAGGAAACAGAAAAUGAUGGAGAAGCUCACUUCCAGCUGUCCAGAUCUCCCUAGCCAAAGUGACAAAAAAUGCAGUUAAAGCCCAAGCUUCCAGCUGGUGCUGUGCACCCGACCUAAGGAGCAGCCUGCUGUUGUUGGAACAGUGUUAGGAAGUGGCUCUCCGUGUCCAUGUGACGUUGAACCACCAUAAGUGGACCUGUUUGUUUGCUGGGUGUUAAUGGAGAUUUUAGAGGUGGAGGAGCCUGGGCAGAGAGGAUCUGGGCAGAGGUCAGGUUUAAAGACUGCCAAAGAGCAAAGGUUCGGCCUAGAACUGUGAAAACUGGAUCUAUAACUCUCAGGAUCUAAGAUGUGUAGACAUGUAUUGGAAGCAUGAGGGUCAGUGUAUUUGUAGAUUAUUUCUUCCUAUAGGGAGGAACAGAAUGUGAGUCCGGGAGUCUUCCCGUCAGGUAGGGAUGUGCUGCUCAACAUGGUGCACGGGUGAACUACUUGUGGACUGGAGGGCUGUUGUCCUUGGGUCCAUCUAUAUUUUCUGGGGAAGGAAAUUAAUACUAUAAAAUAGAAGGAGAAGCCCAUUUUCUCUUUACAGUCUCUUCAUUGUGACACGGGUGUCAUUUUUUUUCUGAAGUCUUUCCUGCCUCUCCAAAUAAGGAGCACAAAACCUCACAUGCUAGACCUACUAAGCCAGCCACCAAGCCUAUUUCCAGCAGCGAUUCUGAAAACUAUCUGCUUCUAGGGUGCAUUCUACCCAUGUUAGAAGGAUUUUUCUCACAAUCUGCCUUUUUAUAUAGUUUUCCAUCUCUAGCUACCCCUACCUGCAGUCUCUUUUAGUUGAAAAAAGAAAAUUUAAAUAUUUCCAACAUUAUUUGGGCUAAGGGGAGUACAAGAUCAUAUCACAGGGCACUUAAGAAGGGGCUGGCAUACCUGCCUCAAGGGAUCGAGGCCCCUCAGUCUCCUUGGGGGUCCGAGAAGGAGCUUUCUACCUCACAUCUGUUACUGCUGCCCUUUGCCAAGCUGUCUCCGCUCCUGCCACUGUUCCUCCCAGUGUUCACUCUUAACUUCUCUCACAUUCUAGAUGGCCAAGUUCAUGGUUCAGACCCAAGGAAAGAUCUGUGGUGCUAACCCAACAGUUGACAUGGACAGCAGGCAUGGUCCACUCCAACUCCAUGUUUGUCUCACAACAGAAAGGUUUGAGAUGUAGAGAAAAGGCAUAGGAAGAAGCCACUGAUCCCCUCAACUCUUACCUCUUCCUGAGAGUGCACCACUAGCCACAACACAGGUUCAAGGGCCGAAGGGUUUACCGCUUAGCUUCUUUUAAGUCCUGAGUUGAUGUUUGACCUCUGUUGGUUGCUACCUUUCCCUCUGUGUCAUAACAGCCUUCCCUUUAAUGCUUUGUGAGUCUUACCAGUGCAGUCCUAUGAAACAAAGCACUACAUUGUAUUAAAAGAUUGGAAAGUAGUAUUUCUUACCUGCUUACUUAAGACUUUAAUAACUAAAAAACAAACAAACAAAAACUUUGAAUAAUUGUCGGAUCCUGAAAUAUUGCCAAACACACUGGGCAUUAAGUCUUUAGAGUAAUUACUUUUACUGUCAUUCUUUGUUCUCCGGUUGGUUCUUGCUGCUCCUUUAAGAUGGCGUGUGAAACCUGAGCAGGAGCAGACAGGAUGCAUCCAGAGUUUACUGAAAAUAAGAUUCUUUUUUUUUUGUUGUUUCGUUUUGUUUUUCAAUAUGGUUUCUCUAUAUAGCCCUGGCCUGGCUGACCUGGAACUUGCUCUGUAGACCAGGCUGGCCUUGAACUCAGAGAUCUGCCUGCCUCUGCCUCGUGAGUUCUGGGAUUAAAGGUGUGCUAUCAUAGCCAGCUGAAACAAGAUUCUUGAACUUUGGCCCUGGGGUAAUUCUGAUAUAGCCAGUCAGCCUGCUUAGCUGGAACUCUAAGGAUAAGCAGUGUUGUUUAAUUCUUUAAUCCCCUGUGUUCUACUUCAUCUUCCUCUGCUUACUACUCAAUUCAAUGAAUCCCCACAGUGCCAUCAGUCCCUGUGCCAUCACAGCCUCAGCACACGGAAGUCAGAGAAGCAGGGGUGAGGCUUGGCUGUCAGGCUCACACCCUCUGGGCUUCGCAUCUUUGCUGAGCCAGUGUGGGAACUGUUGACAUGUUCAUGAACCCUCAGCAUUGGGCUUUUGACUCUAGCCGUCUUAAUGCUUAAGGAAGUCACAGUCCUCUUUUAAAUUUUAUUAUACUUUAAAGUUAUUUAGAAAUUGUUUCUCAUUUUUCCAUAGUAGAAUUCAAUAGCCAACUUUUUGUGGAAAUUUCUUAGAAGUGUUUAAUCACCUAUAAAUGAUAUAAAGUACUUAAAAGUAUAAAUUAGUCAGUAUGACACAAAAGUGAUCUUAAAAUUGAAUUUAAUAUGCCCCAUAGUGUCUCGUUAAAUUUAUCUUUCCUAUGAUUUAUGUCUUAUUUUUAUUUCAACUAGUUAAAAAGAAUCAUUUUAUUAUCUUAAAAUUUGUAGAGACAUCAUUUCAGUAACGGCAGUAUUCCUAAAGACUUUUUUUGAUGUUAUAAUCUGAUAAUUUUUCUGAAAUGUUGGUGUAACCCACAGUAAAAAUGUAUUCAAAUUGAACAUAUAUACAUGAAAAAUGUUUACCAUUUAUGCAAUACAUUCUGAUGUUUUGUUUUUCAACAUGCUAAUUUCAACCCACUAAACCAGUCUCAGUCUACAAAUAGAUUACCACCCUCAGUUUUCAGAAAAUAGCCUUCCCUAAGGAAGAACUGGUGUUUCCUAAGCAGUGUGCCAGGCUCUUCACCAGGCAUUUGUGGAUAGGGUAACUGGGCCUCAGGAAGGAAGGAAUUUGCAGUCUCCGAAGGAAGCCUGGAAGGGACUGGGUGCUGAUACUGAGCCUCACUCUGUCGUGCUGUGCUGCCUCACUAAAGCACAGAGACUGCGAGGCCAGCUGGGAAUAACCAUGCCGUCCGUUCCUUAUGUCUUUGUCUUCUGGCGCCUCACCAGGUGUGCACAGCCUGCUCUUGUGGCCAUGCAUAGAACACAUAGUUCAUAAAAUGAGCACCGCAAUCCCACCCCACCCCCUCGACAUUGGUUCAUAUCACAGGCUAUGAUCACUGUUCAAAAUGUUUUAUAUAAUUAAAAGCAAACACUACUUUUAAAAACAACUCUCUCAUAACUUUUAGAAUCAAUUAAUCAUUAUUCUUUAAAUGAUGCCCUCUUGGGAAGCCAUGCACAGACCGUAAUAGGCUAUUUCUGAACAUCUGCUUUUGGAUUGCCACCAAAAAAAUACAUGUUAAAUAAGAAAAGCUAUGUCCAUUGUGUUAGCCACCGACUAUUUCCCCAUACCUUGUAACCCUGAUCUCUUCCCAUCUCAAUUCUGUGUCUUCUGUGGGCUUACCUCUCCUACCUCACACACAGGAGCCAGGGACCUAGCAUGCCUAGAAAUAAGUGUGCUGAAGCUGCCUAGAACUGGCCAGACUUCUGGGGCAUGGACUGGGUUUUUCCUGAAACUCUUACCUGGCCACAAAUGUCCUUCUGCCUGUCUGUCUUCCAUGUACAUGUUUUCUGCAGACUGAGAACUGUAAGCUGGUAACAUUGUUGACAAAAAGUUUGGAAACCCGACUACAAAUAUCUAGCAUACAGUAUUUCCUUCCAGUAAAAGCCCAGAAGCCAAACCUUCUUUUGAGUUCUUGGAAAACAAAAGCAUUUCUCAGGAAUGCCUCAGAAGCCCUUCACUGAUAGCAUGGACUCCCGAUAGAGGGGUGAAACCCUGGAGCAAGGUCCUCCUUGGGCAAGCAAUACUUUAUCAUCAAAGCGAGUAAGGCGGCUGUUGCUCUCAGGUGCUUACAGAUGUCUGAUGACAUUCCCCAGAUCUCUAGUGGCCUAACAAGUGCUUGCCCUCUGGCUUGGAGUCAUGACACACAUUCAGAUUAUUAUGUUUGUGUGUGGGUUUUUGUUGUUUCUGUUUUCUGAAAUCGGUUUUACUGGAAGCCCAGGCUGGUUUUGAACUUGUGAUCCUCCUGCUGGGAUUACACACAUCCAGCUCUGUUUUAUAAGUGCUAUUAUCCCGUGUUCCUAACGAGUGGUUCUGUUUGUAUUCAUCAGUUUGUAUAUUAUAAAUAAUAACAAAAGUUAUGUAUCUACAUUGCUACCUUCAAGGAAACUAACUUGUGACAAAAAUAUAUCUGUGCAAUAUUAACCCAACAAAUAUAUUGGAAUAAAAAUAUAAAAGUGUCAUAGGCAAAUGAUUUGCCCAGGAUCGCAAAGCUACCUUGUAUAAGAGCUAAGAGAAUGAUUUGGGGUGUGGUGGGGAUUGACCAUGUAUUUCUAUUAAGGUUUUGUUAGGUCAUGUCAAGUUGCCUGAUGGAGCUCGCAGUCUCUCAGCCCAACUUCAUUGGCCUAAAUCAGGCAAAGUGGAAAGAAGUGUAAGAAUAUAUAUAAAUCCAUCUACAGAGAGGAAAUUAGAUGCAAUUUCUUCACUUAUGAUGCAAACAGUGUCAGUGACUUUGCAGCCAGAGCACAAGAACCCCUUCAACAGCGAGUGAAGUUCCAUGAGCCCCUGGGAACAGUUUGAGCAAGACACUCAGUACUUUGCUUUUUGUGUAUGCUUCUCAGCUGUUUGAGAUGUUCCUCUUAGUGUUAAUUAUUGAAUUGUGUUACUGCGGUUCAUCAACUAAACCCCUAAAAGGACUUUUCUACGUUAUUACUGAACUUUAGGUGUGGCAAGGUAAGGACAAGGAAAGGCUAAUUAGUGAGGAUUUCUGCAAAAUUCAGUCCUUUCUGAAUUGGUUUGUUAUUAUGUUGCUAAGUGGUGCUUGAAUAAGGAAAUAUGCAAUAAAAUUUACCCAAACAUUAAACUGA